AACAGCAGAAGUGCCGUGAGGACCGUCUCUGCCUCUCUCUUUUUGCAGCGCAGGGGCUCCUCCGCCUCGGGGAUCCAUUUCAGGAUCUGGGAUCAUCGAGGGAAAUCCGCUCCGGCGCUGCCCCUCCCCACGCAAGGAAAAGUUUGCAAAGCAGGUCUGGGAUCCAGGACAGGAGUGCAGCAGCAGGAGCGCAAAGGCAGGAUGAGGCCGACCUGGCUGCUGCUGCUGCUGGCUUGGCCACUGUGCCUGGCGCAGAGUCCCCCGCCACCAGAUCUCUACGUCCUGCGCAUGGAGACGGACUGCAUCCUGGCUGCAAACAGCCAGCUGCUCUGGGCCAAAUGGACUCUGUCCUUCAACAAGAUCCCCUUCGUCUGCUAUGACAACGAGGACCAGGAGUUCCUGCCGUGUGGCCUGGGCGCUACCUUCCCCUGGAACAACACUGCAGUCCCCAUCUGUGAACUCCUGAGCAAAAGUGCCCCUCACCAGCGAGACAUGAUGCGGACAGCUUGCCAGCAGCAGAGCCAGCCCCUGUGGAAGCAGACCGGUGCCAGGCUGACACCCCCAAAGAUCCGCAUUUACCCCGUCACCCCGCAGAACACCCCAGAACCCAUGAUGCUGGCCUGUAACGUGUGGGGGUUCUAUCCCAAAGAGGUGGCCAUUUCCUGGCUGAAGAAUGGGGUCCCCGUGAAGGAUGGGUCAGGCACCCCAGUGCACUUCAGCAAUGGCGACUGGACGUACCAGGCACGGGUCACCUUGCCUGUCAACCCCCAUGUUGGAGAUACCUACACCUGCCAAGUGACUCACGCAAGCCUUCCUGAGCCCAUGACCAAGAACUGGGCACCAGGUAUGCCUAUGGAGCUCAGACUGAGAGUUGGCGUUGCACUGGCGGUGCUGCUCUUGGGCAUUGCGUUCCUCAUAGCUGGCAUCAUCUUUUGGAGGAAGCGGAUCCCACCCAGAAGCCAGUGACUAACUGCACCAGCAUUGCAGCACUCCUCCCAGAGUCCCAGCCUUGCCUUCUCCGUCUCUGCUCCUUCCCCUUGGAGACCGGGAACUCCUGUACUUAUGCGGCUGGACAGCUGGCCCAAAGGAUCAGACCUGGAUUAUGGGGUCCUGUGCCUCCUAGGCACGCAGCAAGCUGAGAGAGAGGCUGGACUACAGCAGGCGUGCCCCACCUAAGGCUCUCCGGCUGUGGUUGGCCUACAACUCCCAUCACCCCCUGCCACAAUUUACUACAGCUGGGGCUGAUGGGAGUUGCAGUCCAGCAACAGCUGGAGAGCCUCAAGUUGGCCACCCCAGCCCCAGAGAGACCUCUCCCCAUCUCCCUGGACAGGCUGACAUCGGACACCCCCAGGAGAAGAGCAAUGCUGACUGACUGUUCUAGAUCUUACACCCUUUACCCUUGCGUGUCCAUCCUCCCACCCUCAAGUAUCCCAUUUCAAUUCCAAAUGAGCCUCUGUGUUAAGCAGCGGUUUUUCAGGGAAUUCUAGCC